UAAACGAAGUUUUACAGCCCAUGAAUUUCGGUGAGAUAUCUGAAUUCUUUCCCGUAAAAGUGCUCCGCCUGAUCCGGCGAACACAACGGCAAUUAGAUAAAUAUCGGCCGUGUCAAAAUAAAUAAAUAAAUAACCACCUGACAGGUAACUUUGUCACGGCCACCCAACUGAUCGGCCAUGCUGCUUAAUUUAUUCCUUACACCAUUUUCGGCACAAAUAGUUUUGUUGACCUCAAAACCUAACCUCAACUACGACCCAAGAACGUAAAAUGCAAGCAACCUGCAUGGGGUCGUUGAACAACUGGUCGUCCAAAAGAGAAGAUUCUCAAGUUGAUUCUCUGACUCUUUUCCAGGCCAACUGAUCCCCUCAGCCAUGUCCAAGCCUCUAAAGCUUCUCCUGUUUCCAUGCCUCCUCUCCCUCGCCAUCCUCCUUCGCUGCUCCACCGCGGAUGUCGGCACUGCUGCAUACUAUGGCCCUCCCUAUCUCCCUACCGUUUGUUAUGGUCGUGACCCGGGGCAGUUUCCAGGUAGCGGCCUAUUUGCCGCGGCUGGGGAAGGGAUAUGGGACAAUGGUGCAUCUUGUGGGAGGCAGUACUUGGUGAGAUGCCUUAGCUCGGCAACGCCCAAUGCAUGCAUUAAGAACCGGGUUAUUCAAGUGAGAGUUGUCGACCAGGGGACGAUGCUGAAUUCAAUGCCAUCCAGGAAUGGCACCACCAUGGUCUUGUCAAAUGCUGCCUUUCAGAUGAUAGCAAGCGAAGCAGCUCAAGUGAUUAACAUUGAAUUCACACA